AGUCAGGCAACAAAGGUUGGUUUUAAAGAUCCUGGACUUACACAAGCAACAUUCAGGGUUAUUCGUCGCAAGCCCAGUGCCCCUUGCCUCAUUCCAGAGGUCAAGAAACACUUUCCCCACCAAUACGAUUUUGUCGGCUCGGGCCACAUGGGAAUAUGUGAUGGCACAAGCUUUUCUUACAUCAUAAAAUGGAUGGCAGUGAUACUGGACGACUUAGCUGCUGGAAGAACCGUCAGCGACGAGGAGAUUGUUCCCAUUACCAACAACGAUGAAGUUUCUUUGCUGCUUACCCAGAUUAAGGACAGUCUGGCAAAUGACAAGCACCUCACUGAAGCCAUUUUGAGAACUCGACCCAAGCCUGAUCAAGUGCCACUUUUCUUCCAGGCGUUUCCAAGGCCAACUGAAGCAAGACCCUGUACCAAGAGCAUCCAGAGGGUGAUGGGGUCCAAAUUUCUUGACCAACUACUUCAGAGGUGUAAGAUGGAAAAGGUGACAAUUAAUAGUGCUCUGAUGGCUGCCCUGAACAUAGCCAUUGUUAACCUUGUUGAGGAGAAAGGAUUUGCUAAAGAUGUCUGUGAGGUAUCUUGCAACCUGUACACAGAUUACCGUCGGUACAUGAGACCAACCAACACAUUUCACCUUGGGCCUUUCAGAUCUUCCAUGUCCUACAUCUCAGUGGUAGAUGAUUCUUGCAGAAAGCUCUUCUGGGACUAUUCCAGGAGAGUUAAUGAAGACGUGCACUCCGCUCUGAGUGACAAGUUGACGAUGAAGCAAUAUGUCGCCCAAGAAAUGGUAGAAAAAGCUGACCAAAUUUCUUACGACUACAUAACUACAUUUAGACCAGCGCUUCAUGAUUACAGUCUGACAAAUCAUGGGGACGUAACUCCCCUAAUCCAUCACAAUGGAGACCACGUUCAGAUAACGGCCAUGGAUUCAAUUUCAUGUAUACAUAAUUCCCUCAACAGCAGUUUACAUGCUGUGGUGACUUUUCGAGGGAGAACGACUUAUAAUGUAUCCUAUGCCACUGACUACUUCACUGAGACAACUGUGAAUAAGCUACUGGAUGAAAUGUUUUCAGUUCUAUGGAAGUCCAUUUUCAGCGAGGGUUGAUGAUAUGUAAUUGAGUGUUUGAUUUCUGAGGUGAAAAUUACAGAUUUCUUUUCAGUACUGCCAAAAAGUUUUGGGAAUCUCUGUAUAUUUCACGUUUCCCUGAUUGACUGGACAUUUCAUUCUUGAAUCACCUCAUUCUGUUCGUUUUGAGUUGAAUCCUAUGCUUUUCCAUGUUUUGUUGAUGACCUUGGCUGUGUAGCCUAUAGACACUGGACUGCUGAUCCACUGGCGUCUACAAUAAAGGCUGGCCUCUACACGUACUCGACUGGCAUCAGGUUUGUCCUGCCUUGACUAGCGCACACUCCAGUCCGCUUAGGCAAUAGCCGCCAUACACGUUAAAAGACUGACCAGUUUGUGCCAGUCGCUAUGAAAUCAGCAUACCAGUCACACACUUGUAUGGCCAGAUACCCACUCACCAAUGCUAUCUCACUAACUCAUAGUCUAGGCCAGAACAAGUAUGCAAAAUACAUGUAAUUUUUUUUCUUAUAGAGGUUAUAUA